AUGGUCAUGGUCGCAAACGAAUAUCUUCCAAAGUGUUCUGAUAAAGAUUCUUUAAAAUGUAAAUAUGUUCUUGCAAUUGAUGAAAUUGAGUUAAUUGUUCAUUUCACGCACGUUGCUGAAAGUCUUCGAAAACAUAAGCCAACAUUGAUGGAACCAAUUCUAGACGUAGGUCCAAACGAGAUCAAAAAAACCUAUUUAGAAUCUCGAUAUAGUGGAGUUAUCAUCAAAUAUUUAAAUGAGAGUGACAAAAAUGAAUAUAGUAGAAAACUCAUCAGAGAGGUAAUGAAUUUAAAGGACAUUGAACAAAACAAAAACCUAGAGAUUUAUAAUUCACUUUAUCACAUCAUUAUCUCAGAACCUUCUAAGAAUUAUUACUCUAUGGUGCUUCAGCAAUGCUACGGUGAAAAUCUUAGAGUAUAUUUGAAAAAUAAUUUAUCAAAAAAGGAUUGGACUUUUAAAAUAAAAAUAGCCACAGGUAUUGCCAAUGGUUUAAAAUAUAUUCAUAAAGCAAAUGUUGUACAUCGUGCUCUGAAAAAUAAGGAAACUCCGGUCAACUUAACCCCAAUUGAUUACAAAGAGCUAUAUGAAAGUGCAUGGAGUGACGAUUCUAAAAUACGACCAUCAAUUGAGGAGUUUAUAGAAAUUAUUGAUAUUAAUCAUAUAUUUCAAGAUUCUGAUUAUAUUCCAAAUGUUUACCUUGGGAGAAACAAUGCUUUAGCAUCAAAAAAAGAAGCUUGUUUAUUUUUUAGUGAAGGCACGUAUCAAACCCGAUAUCUCUUCCUUACCCAAAAUGAACCAUUUAUUGGAAGAAAUGAAUCAAACCAUAUCAUUUUCGAUUUGGGAUCUGAAUCCGUAAUUUAUGUUAAUGGUAGAAAACUCGAGUUUCGAGCCUUUCGUACUUUAGAAAAAGACGAUUUGAUUAAAUUGGGAAAAGUUGUUUUCCAAUACCUUCCCGCUGGAGAAUAUGAGAACCGCAUCGAUAAACUUUUACCGAUUUACAACACGGCUUACUUGCGGAAAAGCCUGGAAAAUGAAUUCAAAAAUGCAAAAGAAAAUAAGCAAAAUUUGAGUUUAUUGUUUUUUGAUUUGGAUCACUUUGGAAAUAUAAAUAAAAAUUAUAGCCAUGAAGCAGGAGACUAUGUUUUAAAAGAAUCAUCUAAAUUAAUUCAAAAUGAAUAUGUUCGCGUUGAAGAUAUAUUUGCUCGAUAUGGUGGAGAAGAGUUUACUAUUCUUCUCAAUGAUACUAAUAAAAAAUUACCUGUUACGCUUAGCAUUGGUGUUUCCGUAAUGAACUCAUCGGUAGAAGCAUCUACUGACUUAUUGAAUCAUGGUGAAAAAGCUUGUCAAAAGGCCAAAAAAUGGGUCACAAUCGG